GCGCGUCAGUGGGAGUUUGUCAGUGCAUGAGAAUUUCGGGGAGAAUAUCUGCCGUCUAGAGAAGGGGAGGGGAAGAAGAACCGUGUGGAUUUUUUUUUUUUAACAUAACUUUUUUUUGAGGUAUGAACGCAGCAGCGUGCGUCUCAUACUGUGAUAUGACAUCGAUGGAUUCAUAUUAUAGCACGUCCACUGCGCAAGGUAGGGAUCACCAGGCGAACCCGUUCAGGACUUUCCCGACCUCUGAAACCAAAUACAGCCCCACGUUCGCUCCCGGUAAAGGACAGGCUUACGGAGAGAAGUCCCGCAGUCCUUUCCAGCCGGAGUGCCAGUCGUUGGAUGGCGCCGAGGACAGCAGCUACAACAAAUACCAGCUCUUCAUGCAGAGACCGACCUGCAAAACUCCCCCCGAAGGCGGAAAGCUGCACCAGGACAGCGGACACAACGGGACGCUGAUCCCCUGCUAUGGAAAAGACAACAGCGGCCUGACAGAGUCCGAGUUACCCCCGAGCGUCGACCCUCCCGGGAUGGAAGGAAGCUACCUGAACCUCAAGUCGCCCGGCGAGAAGGGCCUCAGCGAGCGGCCCGGCUCCGACUACUCCAGCCCUCUGGACAAAAGCGAGGCGGAGAGCAACAAAGGCAAGAAGAGACGCAACCGCACCACGUUCACCAGCUACCAGCUGGAAGAGCUGGAGAAGGUUUUUCAGAAGACACACUACCCAGAUGUUUAUGCCCGCGAGCAGCUGGCGCUGAGGACGGACCUGACGGAGGCUCGUGUGCAGGUGUGGUUCCAGAAUCGCAGAGCCAAGUGGAGGAAGAGGGAGCGCUACGGCCAGAUGCAGCAGGUCCGCACACACUUCUCCACUGCUUACGAGCUGCCACUACUAACCCGGCCUGAGAACUAUGCCCAGAUCCAGAACCCCUCGUGGAUCGGCAGCAGCAGCGGGGCAUCUCCGGUGCCGGGCUGCGUUGUGCCUUGUGACUCCGUCUCCUCCUGCAUGCCGCCUCACCCUCACGGUCCCGGAGGCAUCUCAGACUUCCUGGGCGUGCCGAGUCCAGGAAGCAGCCACAUGGGACAGACGCACAUGGGCAGCCUCUUCGGGGGUCCCGGCAUGGGCGGCGGAAUCAACGGCUACGAUCUCAACCUCGAUCCGGACCGCAAGUCCUCCAGCAUAGCUGCGCUGCGUAUGAAGGCCAAGGAACACAGUGCGGCCAUCUCUUGGACCACAUGAGGUCCGAGCCCAGUUUCACCCUGUCCCCCUCGCGGCCUUCUGCUCCGGAGCGGCUGCGCGGGAGGAGGAGGGAGUUUUCCUGAGAGCACCAAUGAUAACACAGGUCAACGGAACAGGGAGGGACUGCGGAGAUAACAGAGGCCGUUACGUCGACCAUCACAACCAAGAUAACAACUGUGACU